GAUUUGCUUGCUGCUACAGACAGUCAACCGCCGAGACACCGUCCGCGCACCGCAGCAGCUCUCUCGACGACGCAAUGCCCAAGCUGUCCAAGAAGGCCAAAGGGCAGCGCCCGCCCAAGGAGGGCCCGUCGAGCUUGAACCAGGACUCGCUCGCCCAGCUCACCUCCCGAAUCGACAAGAGCCUCGGCGGCGGCGACCACAAGCGCAAGCAGCCGCCCACCGCCGCCUCGGACAAGCAGCAGCCCAAGCGGCAGCGCGCUUCCGCGGAUGCGCCGCCCCGGGACGUGCAUGGCGCCGGCAAUGACCAAGCCGCGCUGCUGGCCGAGAUCAAGGCUCUGGGAGGGGACGAGUCGGACCUGGAGCUCAUCAACGGGGUCGACUCGGACGACGAGACGUACGCUCAGGACUCCAAGAAGCCAAUUGACAAGGCGCUGAAGGAGGAGCUGGCCGCCCUGUCCAAAGAGCUUGGGUUCGCUGCCCUGGUUCCCGAGGAGGCGAGCGACGUGGAUGAGGGACCCGACGCGGAGGAAGAGGAAGACGGAGACGACCAUGUCGACGAGGAUGAUGAUGAGGAAGACGAGGACGAAGAUGACGCUGAUGAGCAAGUUGCUCCCCGCAAACCCGGCGGCAUGACCUUUGAGCCGCUGGCGGACUGGCACUCGGCCGGUCUGCGUAGCCUUCCCGGCCCCACGACCGACCAGCUCGGCUCCUUCAUGUCCGCCGUCGAAUCUCUCAAGCAGUACGCCAAAUCGCUACUGGAGCAGGAUGCCGCCAAGUAUCGGGGAAGCGUCUUCGCAUCCUCGUCGCACAAGUUCUUGUCAACAAUCAUGUCUUCUGGUACGCUCACCGACAAAGUCUCGGCCCUGACGCUGGCGAUUCAGGAGUCGCCCGUCCACAACAUCCGAGCCUUUGACGCUCUCAUGAAUCUGGCUUCCAAAAAGAGCCGUGCGCAAGCCAUUGGUGCAAUUGGUGCUCUGGUCGAUCUUCUCGGCCCGGGUACGCUUCUGCCCUCUGACCGCCGCCUCAAGACCUUCCAGAGCCAGCCCGGCUUGCUCGGUGCUCUCCAGCGGAACUCGGUCAAGUCCUGGGACCCCAGCCAGCGGUUGCCUGGAAGGGUCACGGAAGCCCACCUGAUUGCCUGGGCGUACGAGGACUGGCUCAAGGCGACCUACUUCAAGAUCAUCCAACUGCUGGAGGUCUGGUGCUCGGACGAGAUUGAGUACUCGCGCAUGAAGGCCGUCGACUUUGUGUAUGGUCUCCUCAAGGAGAAGCCAGAGCAAGAGUCGAACCUCUUGACGCUGCUCGUCAACAAGUUGGGCGACAGAGACCGCAAGAUUGCCUCCCGAGCCUCCUACCUCCUGCUGCAGCUUCAGGUCUCGCACCCGGGGAUGAAGCCCAUCAUCAUUCGCUCCAUCGAACAGGAUAUUCUCCUUCACCCUUCACAAGACACACGAUCCAAGUAUUAUGCCAUCAACACUCUUAACCAAACGAUCCUCAGCAGCAAGGAGCCCGCCGUCGCCGAGUCGCUAGUGCGCAUCUACUUUGACAUUUUCGUGACGCUUCUCAAGACCGGCAGCCUCGGGAUUGGCGCGCAGGGCAAUUUGGACCACCGAAAAGAGACCAAGCCUCAGAGUGGGAAGCCAAAUGGAACGCACAAGGGGAAGCCUCCGGCCAAACAGGGCAAGCCGGGGUCUGGAAAGCCUUCGGUGCCUGAGACUGAGGCUGCUGAUAAGCUGGUGUCUGCCGUCUUGACUGGCGUCAACCGAGCUGCGCCGUUUGUUGGUGCCAACGAUGCCAUCAUGGAGAACCAUCUGAAUACUCUCUUCACGAUCGCGCACUCUGCAAACUUCAACACGGGCAUCCAGGCCCUCCUCCUGAUCCAGCACCUAUCGUCGGCGAGGAAUCUAGCCACGGACCGCUUCUACAGGACGCUCUACGAGUCUCUUCUGGACCCUCGACUGGUCACGUCGUCCAAGCAAUCUCUCUACUUGAACUUGCUGCUCCGCGCAUUGAAGAACGACGUCGACGUCCGGAGAGUCAAGGCGUUUGCAAAGAGGAUGCUGCAGAUCACGGGGAUGCACCAACCACCCUUCGUGUGCGGCCUGCUAUACGUCAUCUCACACCUCCGGCAGACUUUCCCCGACCUGUCAAUGUUGGUGGAGGACCCCGAGACGUCUGUAUUUGAUGACGACGACGCCAAGGACCAGCCGCAAUACGACGGGCGCAAGCGUAACCCAGAGCACAGCAACGCCCAUCGUAGUUGCUUGUGGGAAUUGAUUCCCGUCCAGACGCACUUCCACCCGUCGGUUAGCGUAUUUGCGGCUGCGUUGCUGGACAAGACAAGGAAAAUGCCUAAGCCGGACAUGGAGAGCCAUUCCCUGAUCCGGUUCCUGGAUAAAUUUGUGUACAGGAAUCCCAAGUCAACAGAUUCGGCACGUGGCGCGUCCAUCAUGCAGCCGCUCCGGGCGACCAAGGACCUCGGCGACAUUUGGCUGGGAAGCAAGGGUGCCGGCGCCACAUCUGCGCCCGUCAACUCGGCUGCCUUCUGGAAUAAGAAGGCUCAAGACGUGGCGGCCGAGGAUGUUUUCUUCCACGAAUACUUCCAACACAUGGGCAAGGAGCCCAAGGAGCCCAAAGAAAAGGCCAAGAAGGAGACGUCGGGCGAGGGCGACGAGGAGAAUGACGAGGACGAGAUCUGGGAGGCUCUCGUAUCGGCGCAGCCUGAUGUCGGGGACGAUGGGUCCGACGCCGGAUUCGAUGACCUGGACGAGCUCGACAUGGCCUCUUCGGACGAUGAGGAUGACUCACCAGCUCUAUCUCUGGAUAGUGACAUGGAAGAUGACAGCGAGGACAUGCUGGAAGGCUCCGAGGACGACGAAGGGGCGGGCUCAGACGGGCUCGUGGCGGCGGUGGAGGACGAGGAUGAGGGCGACGGGGAGGCAAAGGACGAGGCGAAGGACAAGAAGAAGUCCCGGCGGAAGAUGCUCAAGUCGCUGCCAAUGUUUGCGUCGGUGGACGACUAUGCCGAGAUGCUGGCGGGCGAGGAAGACGGAUUGUAGGCAGUGUAGCCUUGACGCGAUUUGGUGUGGCCCCAGCGGAAUUGCAUGGGCAGAUGAUGUGUAUAUUUGCGAAGGAAGCACUUACACGCCACCACGACAGUGUACAAAGUACCUCGCCAGCUACUUCCUCCAGCAGGUGGGCGGUCGCCUCUUUGCUGGUACGUAUUUCGAAGUGUCUACCUAGUACCUAAGCC